GCCCCUAGAAGUGAAAGUGAAAGUGUGAGCUGGUCGGGCAACACAUCGGUUAAAAAACAAUCAUGAGUUUCUUCUUAAUGUUAAAUCUUUUCCUGAUUCUGUGUGCAGGUGUGCAUGGUGUCCCUCAGGUGUCCUGGCUGCCCUGUCAGUUCGUCGAUGAACAUGUGUUUUUGAAUAGUUUAAACCACACAGAGACUCAGCUCGUCCACAGACAGGCUCUGCUGCAGUUUGGUCAGAAAGGAGACGCUCCUGUUAACCCACAUGGCAUCACUUUCCUGGUCACUGGAUCUAAGCUGGACCUGAGGCGGUACUUAGAGGGAGCGGAAGCAGAGCAGGUGGAGUGUGAGAUUUAUCGAUUCAGCACAUCUGGAAUCCACAUCCGCUGGCCGGUUAAGGGGGACCAUGAGUACAACCGCUGGUUCACCUGCACCCUGAAACACACAAGGGGCCUGUUCAAAGUCACCGGCAUCCUCAGACACCCAACUGACCAACCCCCCUCAGGACAGCCCGACUAUCACAGCUGGGCUCCUAUUGAAGACAGAGAGACACUCACAACAACAGUCGCCUUGGUCACUAAAACACGAACUCCGUCAGUGAGCGCACGCCUGAGCUCCAAACAAAAGCUUCACUGUCAGUUUGCUGUUGACCAUAAAGCACCUCACAUUACUGUGGAGUGGCAGUGGCAUCAGUAUGGAAGGAGAGACGAGCUCUUUAGCUACGACAGCAGCACGGGACAGACCCAGGGGAGCGGGGUCUCCCUGAAGAACCUUACACAGGGGGAUGCUUCUUUAACCAUUCCUCGCACCGAUACGAGCCAUGAAGGGAAGUACGUCUGCUCUGUGUCCGUGAAUCCACUGUCCAUGAAAAUGGACAUAAAUCUGCAUAUCGAAGAAGCUCCUCGUGUCUCCCUCAACGUCGGCCCCGCUCUCUCUCUGCAGGAGGGCGAGGAGCAGAAGAUAUCUUGUGUGGUGGAGGGUUACUAUCCUCUGGAUGUGGAGACAAUUUGGUACAGUGAGAAACUGUCUGCAUCGGGCCAGAAGGGGGGUGUUUCCCGUUCCAAGGUUUCCUACAGCGUCCAGCGGACCAGCCACAUUCGAAACACGGACGAUACCUACAAGCUGACGGCUUCCUUCUACCUCACGGCCUCGCUCAGGGACACAGGGAGAGAGUUCACAUGCAGCGUCUCACAUCAGUCCCUCAGAGAGCCCAUCAUAAAGGGCUUCACCCUGACUGUUACUGAGCCGAGCUUCUGGGCGUUGUACCUCGCUGUUGAUUUGUUUUUGGUGUUCAUCGUGUGCAAGAUGCUGCCUUAUCUGAUAAGGCGAGGAAAAAGAAAAUCAAUGCAGAAGCUGUACCGAGCAGCUCUCAAACAGACCAACAUGAAGGAGGAAGAAAGUCUUUUACAUUAAACUUGUUGUUCUCACUCUGAGACAGCACUUCACUUUACAAUGGGACGCUCCAUUAUGAAGGUAACAUGUCGAGGUUUUGACUGCUAGGAGUGCUGUGGAGCAGAACUGAAGGUGGUCAUUGUGACACGCACUACUGCCCACCAUAGACUGUAAAUAUUUAUGGAUGAAGCCUGAGUGACGUCAGCCAUCUGUUACAGCCGGGGGCUCUGGAGGCU